UUGGUUUUGUCCUCGUCUGACCCCUUCGUCCUGUUGCUCACCGUCAAGUCAGUGAUCCAAAAAAGGUUUUCUGCCCUGUAGACACCUUCUCGGUAGCUUCACCGCCGUCAGUAGCUUGCUCAGCAAAUACUGCGCCGACACGUCACUUUAGCUUCACAUUAAAUUUUGAGGCUUUUCGGGGAACCCCCUCAGGGAAGAAAAAGACGUCAAGAUGAAGGUUACCAGUGCUCUCCUCACGGCCCUGGCCGUUGCCACGGUCAAUGCCUGCGGUGUGCCUCCCACUUCGCUCCCGCGCACGGCCGCCAGGACCAUCUUUAGGCGCGCAGAUGCCAAGAUGUACACUUUGGAGACGGCUCCUGGAGUGACGAUCGAGGUGACCGAGGAGGAGAAGCUGGCCAUGAUGGACAACCGUGUUCACUUCUUCGACAUCACCGAGUGGAAGGAGGCCCCCAACGCCAUGGCCGAGGACCUGCAGAAGCGCAUCGCUGCGGUCCCCUACCCCAAGACCCUGACGCAAAAGUGCAACGCCACCAAGCUCAUCGGCAAGCUCGACAAGGAGAGGAUCCAGGCCACGGUCGAGCGCUACUCUUCCUUCUUCAACCGCUACUACAUGUCGGAGACUGGUCGCCAGUCCGUCGAGUGGCUCCACGACCAGAUCAAGGCCGUCCUGGACGCCGCCGACAUCCCCGGCGCCAACAUCCGCCUCGUUCGCCACAACGCCUGGGUGCAGCCUAGCAUCGUCGUCACCCUGCCCGGCCGCGAGGCCCGUACCGUCGUCGUCGGAGGCCACGCCGACUCGAUUGUUUCUGGUGACCGUAACGGCCGUCAACCAGGAGCCGACGACGAUGCUUCUGCCUCGGCCACCAUCUUCGAGGCCAUGCGCGUGUUCCUCAUGGACCCUCGCGUCAAGGCCGGUCAGCUCCUCAACACGAUGGAGUUCCACUGGUACGCAGCAGAGGAGGCUGGUUUGCUUGGCAGCCAAGACAUUUUCAACACGUACCGCCAGUUCAACCGCAACAUUGUUGCGAUGCUGCAGCAGGACAUGACUGGUUACAUUGGUCGCGAUGGCCGUGAGCGCUUUGGACUGAUCACGGACUUUACCGACCCUGAUCUGGUCAACUUUAUGAAGCUUGUCAUUGACGGCUACACCGAUAUCCCCUACGAGGAGUCACUAUGUGGCUACGCCUGCUCGGACCACGGCUCGGCCACUCGCGCCGGAUACCCUUCGACCUUUGUCUUUGAGACUCCUUUCGGCAACCACAACCCCUACAUCCACACCAUCAACGACACAACCGACAAGCUCUCGUACGACCACAUGAUCCAGCACGGCAAGCUCAUCACGGGCUACCUCUCCGAGCUUGCUUGGUGGCCGUUUGUCUAGAUUUGCCAGCCGAGUCGGAAAGUGAUUGAUGAGUAAUGUAAUCAUGACUGGGUUGGGAUUGGUGAUGAUUUCCUAGAGGCGGCAUAAUGGUAGAGCGUGCUUGAUGGUCGGGGGGAUUCGCUCCUAAAAAAAAAGAAAUAAUGCAACAAUUAAUGAACGGGACCAGCUCUCGAUGUAGACUCACUCACGCCUGCCGGGGGGUGGACAAGUUCAAGCAAAUCCUAUUUGACUAGAAGUAUACUACAGAUAGCUUAAUAGAAAAGCACAAGAGACCCUAGACGGACUGGAUUAAUAGACGGCCAAGUCGCAACAUGACAAAACGAUCAAUCCUUGGCAACCUUGACCAGGAGCUUUCCGACCGUCUUUUGCCCAGUCAAAUCGUCCUGCGCCUUGGCCACCUCG